GCUCCGCAGCCGUGCCAGCCCCGUGUCCCCCGCACCCACCGUCGCCUGCCGCAGCCACUCCCCGAGGGACGCAGCUCAGGCGGUGCCAUGCGCGGCCUCCCCAGGGCAUGGGGACCCCCACCCCGACAGCCCCCCAAACUGGCCAGCCAAGUCCUGCCCCUCAUCCUCCGCUGAGCCAGGAGCCCAAGGGCAACCUCGAAGCUAAGCAGCAUCCCUGGUCCAGGGCAAGGUUGGCUGAGGAUUGAAUGCUGACUCUUCCCAGGAGAUGGACAGAGUCACCAGACACCUGGUCUUCCAGGUCCCACAGACCUCGCACAAGCACAACUUUACCGAUGCCAACACAUUUGGAGAGCAGAGGGCCAACAGCGAUGAUGAUGUGUUUGGCUCCAUUCAACACAGCAGCCAGAGGGUGGAAAACGGCUAUGGCUGGAAAACGAGGUCAAAGUCACCGUCACAUUUCCUAGAUGGUGGAAGAGAUGUCUGGACGCCGUCCCCGGACAGGGAGUCCAAGCUGGAGGUGGUGAGGUCAGGAAACUUGUACGACGUCAGGGUUUACAAAGGCGAGAGGAAGCCCUCGAAGCUUUACGAUGAGGACGAGCAGGAACAGCACAGGGUCCCUCCACCGAACAUCUCACCUGAGAAAGCCAAGGAGCUCGAGGACGAGAGGAGGGAGGUCAUCCGGAGCCAGGUGAUGAAGAAGAGCUCCACCAUAGCCGAGAGGUGGAGCUCCCUGGAUGAGCUGAGCUCUCUAAACACUGGCACGGGCAGCCAGGGUGAAGGCAAGGACACGGGCAGCUUCACCACCAGCUUUGCUGUUUCCUUUGACAAACCUUCCUCAAGGAGGACAGCAACGCCUGUUGACCCUGAAAAUAUUGACACAGAGCAGAUCAACUUCUCCGCUGCUCGACAGCAAUUCCUCAUGCUGGAAAAGACCAACCCAGGCUCUUUCUUCAGCCCGGGGCAACAUGCCAUGUCUCCAAAGCCAGACUCAACAACAAGAGUCUCUCGACAGGAAUGGCACAGCCCUGAGAUGGCCACGAAGGCUGUGAGAGGUUAUGGUAGUGCCGGUGCAUCCGGCCAGGGCAGGGCGGACAGGAACGUUUACCAGGUUUAUAGCGCAUCUUAUAAGACGCCCGUGAAGGAGGAGGUUUACCCUCCCAGAAGGGCUGAUACCGAUAGGUCAUAUCCCAGCUUGACCAAAGCGUCUUCCAGAGAGGACCUUGACUCUGGCUUGGGUGAGGUGUGUAAUGAAGGCAAUGCAGGCUACACCAGCGAUGGAAGUGCAUCCCACAAGACCUUCAACGGCCUUGUGGAUCUAAGGGCCAGCAGCAAUGGCCUGGACAAGGAAACAAAGGUCAGCAACGAGACGCCCAUCGAGCGGGAGAUCCGCAUGGCGAUGGAGAGAGAGGAGAGCCUCUGGAAGGAGAGGGGGAUCCAGCGGCUGACCUCUAGCAACGAGCUGGUGGAGAUCCAGACCAAGCCUUUCCUCUCCAUGCAAGCCUCUCCCGGCCCGGGCAGGAAAGGGAAGGACAAAGGCCGCGCUUCCCUUUAUGUCCAGAGGGAAAUCGAGCAGGAAACCAAGCGUGAGGAAGAUCUGAAGAAGCAAGGGAGGCUCCUGGGGACGUAUGACAGGGGGACGCAGCAGGAGCUGGAUGAACGCCGGAGGGUGUUCGAGCAGGAGGAGCCCCCUCCGCAGAAGCCCACCCCGACGAGGAAGGUAGAGGAGCAGAGGAGCUGGGUCAACGAGUUUGUGGUGGAGCAGCCCACGAGCCACAGCCCACAUCCCAUAGAAGACACCAGGGGUGGAAAAAGCCUUCCCAGAUACUCAGCGAGCAUCACACACUUCCAGACAUCCCACCCGCGCUUUGUCGCCAGCGAGAAGAGCCAGGAACAGCCCCUGGUGUCCCAGCACGUUUCCGCUAGCGCCAGCAAAUGGAGGAGUGAGGAUUCCCAGGGAGGAAGGCUUCCCAGCUCCACCCUAAGCCCCACCGACACGGCUGUCCUGCCCAGAGAAUAUUUCUCUCUCCCCUUCUGGAAGCCCAAGGUCUCCUUUGUGGACGAGAUGGGGACGCAGAACCCAUCAAGGAGGGAGGAUGGCCGUGAGGAGCAGUACAAGCUGAGGACCUGGAAGCCCCAGACGUCGGCGCUGAUUGAGGAGGAGAUCCGGAGUGACCUGCAAAGGGAAGAGGAGCUGCAGGAGCAGCGGCGGCGGCGGCAGCUGAUAGAUGGAUACUCCGUGGUCAGCAGUGACGGCGUUCCCCAGGAGGUCUCCCGCUCGCGGCACAGCUCCGCUGCCUCAGGUGUCAGCGGCAGCUACUCGGUGUCUGGGUCUCCUGUCUCCACUCCCACCCCACAUCAGACAGGGGUCCUGGGGCUCAUCUCGUCCUUCACCCCUCUGAGAGUGACCGGUCCCUCCCAGGGCAGCACGGAGACCCUCACCUCCGACUCGGCUCGUUCCAGCCCCUUCGAGGAGCGAAGGAAGAGGGUGAAGGAAGAAGGCAAGUAUGCUGGCAUUGAACCCGUUGACAAGAUCAACACAGAGGUUGUGGAGAGCACCCGGGUGAUUCGGCACAAGAGCCUCAUGGCCCAGCGCUGGGAGGCAGGACAAUACGUCCAAGAUGAUGACUGAGGGGCUCUCGCGGCUGUCGGACUCCACCGUGUGCUCUCCCAGCUUGGGAUCGACAGAUUGAGAUUCCCAAUCCGUUCAGCUCCUGGUUACGAGCAGAAUCAGAGACCUGGACACUGCAAAUCGUAUCUUAUUUUUUUUUUAAUGUAACAGAUGAUCCUUCCGAUGCAUUUGAUGCUCUUGUCGUUCUCCAACCUUUGAGGUGCGGGAAUAUUUUAUUUCUUAAAAGGGGGAAAAAUUAGAUCACUUUCUUUUAAUCACUUCUGCAAGGAGACAGCUGGAUGAAAUCAUACGGUAAUUUAAUGGCUUUCUCGUUAGGAGCCUGACCUCUGGCUUACAAAAAAAGCAGUGGUUUUAGGUUUUUUUUUAGUCCCACACCAUCGGGCAUCGCCUGGGAGGAUGUCCAGGUGGAUGCACGCCUUUGGAUCGAGGUCGGCAUCACACUGGGAGAUCAAUGUUUCUGUUUAACUCCUGCUUUGCGCUGAGACCGGGCGAUAGAAUAGACAGAAAUGCUGUUUAUUGUGCUAAUUUAUUAAAGACUCGCUGCUCUCCAUCAUCAUU